AUGCAAAAGAAGAGAAAUAAUUUUGACCUUGAAAUUCAAGGUCAAGAUCAAGGUCAGUUCCUUACAUCCUCGAGUUGAAGGUAUAGAAUUCAUUUACGAUAACCAGGGACAAACUUUCCUCUCCACCCUGUACGUAUAUUCGUGAACUUUUGAAAAUUUCAAUGGAUCGUUGGAAAUUUUUCAAAGCGAACGGUCUGAAGCCGCGGCAACUUUUAAGAGUGAAAAUGCCUCGUUAGAAGGAAUGAUCGGACUAUUCCGAGAUCCUUGCUCACCUUUUUUCUCUCGUUCUCUCUUAAUUUUUUUCUGCCUCUUCUUCUUCUCGUCUGUUCUCUGUUGCAAAUCCUACCUGGAUUUAUGGAACAUGAGGAUCGCCGCGGCUGAAAAUACGCUGCGAUUCAUCACAACUAUGUUCUGCACCGUAGCAUGAUGCUCGAGUUUCUAUUUUUUUUUUUCACUUUUCUCUUUCUUUCCCCCUCGAGCGUUUUAUUUCUUCAUGUGUGUAUAUCUCAUGUAUUAACCGAAAAUUUUCUUCGUACUUUCGUGGCCGUUCCCGAGAGUUCCGUUCUCUUACUUGCCUUCCGUUUUACAGAUACCGAGAUAGAUAGGCAGGAAAAGCCAAAGAAACAGGAGAACAAUAAUUCCGUGUUCGCCGACGAGAAGUCUUCGCCUGAGAAACGUACCAACGGUACGAUGGACACCAGCAACGCCAGCAUGGCCAACACGCCGGACCUAAGCCCCGUGAAGAACAUACGAAACGGCGAGGUGGAGGAUGCCGAAGUUCGAAAAACGAAGUGGUUCCGCGAGGAGGUAUCUCGAGAGGCUGAAUUAGAGGGUGAAGCGGUUGUUUCGCUGAUCGAGCUUUUAGCGGACGUUCACGGGCCCUGCCUUCAAGAAAUGGAGGCAAGACUGGAACGUUGGGAGAGCAACGCGCGGCACAACAUCGGCGAUUUUCUUUACAACACCUUGUUGAACGUGCUGCCGCUUUACGAUCAAUAUCUCGAGAAUCUAAUACCCGUCCUCGAGAAGAUGGAAUAUUACACGAGGACGUCGCGUCGUUUUGACCAGCUGUGCCGGGACUUCGAGGCGCAGAAGCAUUGUUAUCUACCGCUAACCUCGUUCAUUUUGAAACCGUUGCAACGGUUGUUGCACUACAACAGUAUUAUCGAUAGAUUAUUGGACCACUAUCCGAAGGACCAUACGGAUUUUGAAGAUUGCCUGGCGGCGAGAGAUCGACUAGGCGAAACGUUGCUCGAAGGUCUUAGCAUAAUUAAUCAAGCGGAAAAUCUGGUUCAGCUUUGCGAAAUGCAAAGGGACAUCAAUGGUUUUGACAAUUUGGUCCAGGACGGUCGUAGAUUCGUUAGACAAGGUUGCUUGCAAAAGUACAGUCGUAAAGGCUUCCAGCAAAGGAUGUUCUUCUUGUUUUCCGACGUAUUAUUGUACACAUUCCGUACUCAACAGCCAACUCAAUGUUUCCGCGUUCACGGCCAACUUCCGUUGAAAGGAAUGAAGAUUCGAGAGAGCGACAACAAGACUGGAUCGGACUUCGCGUUCGUGAUCGAUGCUCAAGGAAAUCAGUCUUUGACGGUGGCCGCUAGCAACGAAAAAGAAAAGGAGAGAUGGUUGGAAGAUUUGAACAUGGCUAUCGCACAGGCGGACGCCGAUCCGAAAAUGCCCUACUUGAACUUGAAAUCUUGCAGCUCGGCCGAUGAAAUGGGCGAGGGCUUAGGGUUAGAAGCAGACAGAGCAAGCUGCGGAGGUGCCAAAGCUUCUCAACGAAGCAACACCACCGUCCACGUUUGCUGGCAUCGGAACACGAGCAUAAGUUACGCCGAUCAGCUGCGGGCGUUUCAGGUGAGCGAGAGAACAUUACUCAUCGACAACCAGCUGAGUGGAUUUCUGUUGCGCAAGUUCAAGAACAGCAACGGCUGGCAGAAGCUCUGGGUCGUGUUUACCAACUUUUGCUUGUUCUUUUACAAAUCCCACCGAGACGACUUCCCAUUGGCCAGCUUGCCAUUGUUGGGCUACACCGUGACCACCCCGACGGAGAAGGAUGGUAUCAACAAAGAUUUCGUCUUCAAGUUGCAAUUCAAAAGCCACGUGUACUUCUUCCGCGCUGAGAGCGACUACACGUUUGGACGGUGAGGGGAAAACUUGCCAAGAAACUGCACUGAAACACUUGGACAUUUUCGAAUCGUUUUUCUUUUUCCAGAUGGGUGGAAGUGAUUCGAAGCGCGACGCAGCAAAGCUACCUGUCAAGCUUCAACGGAAAGGAAGGAUAUUAA